AUGAGCAAACCAAACUUUAAAGAAAAAGAUCGGCUGCGUUUGCACUAUGUCACAGCUGGCCAGGAUGGGGCGCAGCUCAUGCUGUGUCUGCACAGAUUCCCCCAGAACUGGUAGUUUGCCUGGUGCUACUAACUGCAGCAAUUCAAGAGGCAGUUCCAGGUGGUGGUGCUGGACCUGCGGGGCUAUGGGGGUUCAGACGCGCCACGCAGGAAGCAGCACUACCGGAUGGAGGCCCUGCAGGAGGACGUGCAUGGCUUUACCAAGUGCAUGCUGGUAGGGCAUGACUGGGGUAGUGUCAUUGCAUGGGAGUUUGCCAUGAAUCACCCUGUCAAGAAUGAUGUCACUGGCACUUGCUGUGUGACUUUGGCUUCUAUCUCUGGUGGGAGCCCUGGGUGUUCCCGGGGCACUGGGGUAGGAGACCCUCUAGCCUCAGCACGUCUGUGUCUGCCUUUCUGCCCACUUGCUGCAGAGUACGUAGCCUGCCACCCCUGCCAGCUGCUGCACUCCAGCUACAUAUUGAUGUUCCAGCUCCAGAGGCUGCCUGAACUGCUCUUGUCUUUGGGUGACUCCCAGAUGUUGAAGGAGUUGGCCAGCAGGAAGGCAGAAAUCCAGACCCCUGAGCAGUGCCUGACGGUACAGGAGUUGGAGGCCUAUAUGUUCAGCUUCUCCAAGCCUGGAGCACUGAUGCCACCCCUCGAUUACUACAGGAACGAGUUCAGAAAGGGCCCCUGCCCCUCCAUGGGGCUCGACCCUGUGCAGCACACAGAACCCCCUGCUGUGCAGCACUUCUGUCCCCAGGUCCUGGGCUAG